UGAUGCCUCGAUAACUCGGCAACAUAAAUCCACAAUAAGCCCUCCUGAUGUGGGAGACGGACAACGAGGGGCUAUGCUUAGAUUCUGGACCUGGUAAGAUGCUUUUCGCGCAAGCUCCAAGCGCAGUCGCAGAUUGCACAUUGUGAACAUUCUGUGCCUGCGCAGUGAGCGUACUUUCGUUACUUUAGUUGACAGUCGUUACGAGGUGCGGGAAAAAGAAAUAAUCAUUCAUGAUUAAAAAUGUUUAAAAUCAAGACAAGUAACUAUCGACCUAAAGAAAUAGCCUUGAAGUUGAGAGUGAGGUUUAAUGGCAAUAUGGCGUCUUGUGAUGGAACGGUUGCUUCGUCCUUCAACUUGAGACUCCACUAUACUUCUCUCGGAAAUCAUUCCAAAGAAGAAGAAUACGAAAUGUCCCGGCUGUGUUCAGAACUUGUGUGCUGUGAUCUCUGACCUAACACACAAGUCCAGCACACUUCGGCCGUAGGAAAAAUACGAAUCCAAACUUUUUAAUUUGAAAAAAAAUUUGAAAAAUAGUAAUCACUGAGUAAUCAGCUAGCAGAUUUUGUAAAUGAAGAUGACUUGUCUGUCUGUUUUCCGCACUUCAAUUUUUCGGGGUCAGUUUGUUUAAAAUUUAAAAACUUAUUUUGUUGUGACUGUGAUAGUCUACUCUACUCUAAGUUCUCAUAAUAUAUAUUAAGUAAAGUAAAGGCUAGAAUAAGACUUUGGAAUCCAAAUUCAAAUGAAUGAAAAUUAAAUGAGUGGGUGGUAGGGCUGGUAGGCUAAAAAAAUAGUGAUGACGAUGAGUAUACUAUAUCUAUAUAAGUAUUAUCUAAGUAUUAAUUUUACUAUUCUAUACUUACUAUAAAUUAACUUCGACUUAAUUAACGAUUAAAACUCUUCAAGUUAACCAGACGGAAUAAAUGAGCUUAGGCUUCGUAUAUUAUAGCCAAUAACUAUAGUAUAGGACUUGGACUACUACUAACUAGAGCCCCCACUUAACUAGAGUCAAGAGGGUCUAAUUCUAAUAAAUUAAUAAUAAUAAUUAAUAAUAGUAAUAGUAGUAGUAAUUAGUAGAGAUUACUACAACUAGGAUAAUAAUAAUAAGUUACUUAUUAUUAAUAAUAAGUAGAGGAUAGGGGACUACCAGGUUAAAUAGGGUCAGGGGCCUAAGGUGGCGAGAAAUGGACCACUGUACAGGCAUACUAUUUUCAAAAACCAAAUUUGAUACCUGAUGGUAGGAACUAUUCAUACUUCAAUAGUACUUCUUAAUUAUUUAUUUAAUUAAACUAAGACUUGAUUAAGCCUAUAAUUUAGUAUAAUUUAAUUAUAAUAGACUGUAGUUGUAUAAGUAUAGGCAUAGGCCAAUAAUAGUAUUUUAGCCUAAUACUAAUACUUAAAUAGAUAUUAUUAUUAUAUGUCUAGUUAGGUCUAAUAAUUUAAUAAUAAUAUCAUAAAUUAUUAUUUUAUUUUCUGAGAUAGCAUCAAUUUCAAAUAUACCAUGCCAUAUUAUAUAGACCUAAACUAAUCAUUAAUCAUAUUUUAUUAUAACUUUUUAAUUUUUAUAAAAUUAAAAUUUAAAAUCAUAGUUAUAGAUAUUUUUCAUAUAAUAUAUGAAAUAUGAAAAUAAGCCACAUAAUGCUGGGUGAAGAGAAAUGGACUAAAUGAUACGGCAUGUGCAGGAUGCAUAGUUAAGCCACCAGAGUUAAAUAAGUGUUAGAAUAGCUAAUAAAAUGGUACAAUUCUGAAGGCGAAUGAUAUUUCGUUAAAAAAAUAUAUUAAUAGUUUAUAAUUGUGAAAAAGCGUACUUUUUACCUUUUUUUAAGUCCUUAAAACCUACCUCUUCUCUCGUUGUGCACAUUAGUUGAAUGAACAAUUCCUUGUUUUUUAAAUAAUGGUUUAUUUUUCCCUAAUCUCCUGGUUUAUUUUUCCCUACUCUCCCCUAUUCUAUUGCAUUAAAAAUCUGUAAGGUACCGGGUAUACACAUUUAAAAUAAAUGAGCGCAGUCUUAAAUUUUUUUAAAAAAGGGAAAAUUUAAAAUCUAGUAUAGAGACCAUGGUUCCCAACCAAUAGACUGCAAUCCCAAUAGGGGGCUUGGGAGGGUUUCUGUGGGGUUGCUGGCGAAUAAACUUAGCUAAAUAAUUUUGCAUUAAGGUGUGGGAUACAAAUUUAAUCAUUGCAUUAUGUUGUAUGAUAAACAUAUUGAAAUAUCUAGGAUAUGUUGUUCAAUGCUUUUCUUUGACCCUACUAAAAAAAAGCCUUUUAAAAAUGUAUUGGUGUCAUGGAUCACUUCUAUAAAAUGCAGUCAUUACUGAGAAAACUUGGGAACCUGUGAUACAUUGGCUUAUGAGCCUUACCUUAAGUGAAGUCUGUAAAAUUCAUGCAAUGAUUUUAUAAAGAUACAUGUCAUUGCAAAACAGAAAAUAAAUGUAAUAUUAUUAUUAAUUAUAUAAUUAUGUAACAUCCUGAAUAGACUACAAGUAUAAGAAGACCUGUAUUACUUAAGUCUAAAACUAAUAGAUUUUGAUAAAAUUAAUAUGUUACUAUAUAUAUCAAUAAAAAUUAAGUUAUUACAAAUGAUUUUCCAAUUUGUGACUAAUUACAAUGUAUAGUUACAACAGUUCAUUUAUUUACAUAAUGAAAAAUCUUUUCUGAAAGUCUUAAAUUUGUGAAUAAAAAACCCAUUCCAGGGGAAUAUCAGUUUUGACCAUUUGUUGAAAUUUUUAUAUUUUUAUUUCCUUUGAUGCUCUUUAGUGUGUCUCAAAGUCACAUCACCAGUUCCACUGCUUGAAGUUAUAAAUUUUCAAGAUGAUGAACUCUGGUUUAGGAAAUGGUGUACACAGUGGAAUGUCGUCUGGAAUAAAUCACAUCAACCACAGUAUGAUGGAGGAUGAUCUAAGCGAUGGGCCUUCCUCACCUGAAAGUGCUUUUGAUGCAUCAGAUUUGAUGCACAGCUCUAUGGCAGAUGAAGUCACAGCACAACUAGCAGCAGCAGGUACACAUCUUAGGCUAAUCAAAUUACUCCUGAGUUGGAUCAAUAAUAGCAUUCAAUAGAAAUAAUUUGAAAUAUGAUGGAAUAGCAACAUUUUAAUAAUCCAUAGACAAAGAGUAUUAAAGACAGAAUAUUUUGUUUUGAUAAUUGUAGAAGGUGACGAUUUAUUUAGUUAAACUCAUCUGUUCCUCAGGUCCGGUGGGUAUAGCUGCAGCAGCUGCCAUAGCAACAGGUAAAAAGAAAGGUCAUCCCCAUCAAUUUGAGACAAAUCCUUCGCGGCGGAAAAGGCAGCAAACCAGAUUAUUAAGGUCAUUUUAUUUAAAGAUCUUAAUAUUUUUGAAAAUCUGCUCAUCAUUGUAUAGUAAGUUAAUGCACACCUUUAAUUAGAUCUUGACUAAUAAUUUCAAUAUAUGGCUAUCCUCCACUCCCUCCCUCCGUCCACCUUUUAAAUGUUAUUGCUUAAAAUAUUAAAAAAACAUCAUUAAGAACCUGUUGUUACAUAUGUAAUGAACAUAUUUAAAAAAUUAAUUUACAGAAAACUGAAGAAUACCAUAGAAGAAUAUACAACACGAGUGGGUCAGCAAGCUAUCGUGUUGUGCUGUACACCAGGGCGAACACCCGGGACACCCAGCUCCUUGUAUAAAGUGUUUGGAUCUCAGCCUCUAGAGAAUGUGGUAAGAAUCUUUUUCAAGUCGGGAAGACACAAUUUAAAGAUUGAUGUAAACAAUAACAUCAUGUUUAUUUAUACAGUUUCUUGACCUCUUUUUUACUAGAUAAGAAACUGUCGCAGUGUGGUCACUCAAGAGCUUGAGAGCGCGCUGCAGGAACAAGCCGCUCAACACCAAGGGGACACAACUCACCUCCACGAAUUACCUCCUCUUGUGAUAGACGGCAUUCCAACACCUAUUGACAAAAUGACCCAGGUAGUGUUUGGUUUCAAAAGUGGUUUAAAAUUUAAAAGCGGCUACAUUUUUUUUAACAGUUACUCUUUUUUUGCCAUAGUUAUAUCUCAUAAUAUCACUUGAACCGAAUUUCUUCCAGGCUCAGCUUCGGAACUUUAUUCCUGAGAUGUUAAAAUAUUCCACAUGUAGAAGUAAACCUGGCUGGGGGAAGCCAGAGUGUCGACCCCCUUGGUGGCCUGCUGAUCUUCCAUGGGCAAAUGUUCGAAGUGAUGCACGAACAGACAAACGGGUACGAAAUAUUGUUUUCUAACUAUGUUAAUAAGAAUUAAUAAGAAGAUAUAAGAAGCUUUUUAUAAAUUAGGUAACAUUCUAGAGUUCUCCAAAUUCCUUGAGACAAAUCUGUUGUUGGAUGAGACGUUUUUCUUGUCACUGUAAAUCAGUAAGAGAAACUAAAAUAGUUCACUCCAAAUCAAUUGGUUUGGGUUUGAAUCCCUUGAUCUAGGAUCUAUUGAAAUGAAAAUGCGUUUUGAAUGCAAUAUAAAUAUUUCACGUCUUUAUUUUACUCCAGGUUUCUUGGACAGAAGCUUUAAGGACUAUAGUGAAAGACUGCUACAAACAUCAUGGCAGAGAAGACCUACUUCAUGUUUUUAGUGAUGAAGCCACUACUCAAAGUGGACAAACUAGUACCCCAUUUGCUGGUACCAUGCUACAAACAAUCAAUAAUCCCGAUGGGACGGUGUCCAUCAUUCAGCUGGAUACAGGCCCAUCUGGGAACUCUGUGUUCACACUGCCUGAUGGAACCCAGGCAACUGUCGUUCAUGCGGUCAGUGCUGGGCACCAUGUCAACAUGACGGUAUGGAACUCUCAGCUCAAGUUAAGAAAACAAUAUUCAUGUAGUGUUUUGUUCGUAUGUUACAUCAUUGAUUCCUAAUUUGUGAUGGUAAAGCAGAGGAAUUUUUUUAUGGGUCGUCCAUCAUUGCUCUUGUGUCUUUUUUUUUUUUUUUUUUUGCAUGCUAAAUAUUUUUUUUUUCUUUUCCUUGAAUUCACUUCUUGCAUGUGAGUUUAAACUUUGUAGGAAGGAGUUAAACUCUUCUUAAGAUUUAAAAUAAAAUUUUCACUAAUAAUUGUUUUUUUUUUUUUUUUUUUUUUUGCAUGCUAAAUAUUUUAUUGUUCUGUUCCGUGAAUUCACUUCAUGCAUGUGAGUUCAAACUUUGUAGGAAGGAGUUAAACUCUUCUUAAGAUGUAAAAUACAAUUUUCACUAAUAGUCUCUCCAAAUAUUAUGUGAAGAUACUUUCAUAUUAGGUAAACUCAAUAUGAAAUUAGUAAGACAAAGUAAGGUUAAACCUGAAAAAGGAUGCAACAAAACAUCGAUCGUGUCGGCAGGAAGCCUUCAUCUGCGAACAAAACAGAAAAAACAGAUUAAAAUUUAAAAAUAGCACUUAGCUUAGAAAUAGUAUCCAAGAGGGCAGCAAAAGAAUUACACAAUUCAUUUGCUGCCCUCUUGGAUACUACUUCUAAGCUAAGUGCUUACUUUGUCUUACUAAUUUCAUAUUGUGCUAACUUGAUUGCAGUGUCUCCCCUUAUUACCCAAGGUAAACUCAAACAGGCCCUUACUAACUAACCAGUUGUUGGAAAUGUUGCUAAAGAUUUUUAUUAGAAAUAAAAUGGCUUAAGUUACUCACUUGUAAAAGGUUGGUUAAGUCCAUUUUACCAUUACCUUUUGUCAUCCAUUUACCAUUGAAACCAAACACUACUUACUUGAAAGAAAGGUGAACAUUUUGAAAUAACUCAUUUUGAUUUUAGGAGGCUAGCCAGGCUGUUCAGACAUUAGCUGAAGUUGCUGCCAAUCAACAGGAAGCUUCAGCCUCUAAUCAAGUCAACCCUGUGAGUGUGGAGAUGACGGACGGUCAUGCCACAAUGCAAGCAUUCGCCACUGCAACUGGCCAGAUCAUCCUAUCUGGUGAUGGAGCAUUAGGUGGUUUACAAGGUAAUUUUUGAAAGCCAGGAUUAUUUCAUUUGGAUUCCCAAUUCUGACUGCUUUAAAGUAGGGCUUCUCAACCCACAGUGUUAUUUAGGCAUCUCUUGCAUAAGGUAAGGGUUGUACAGUGGUUCUUAAACUUCUAUCCACUGGCCGGCAGUUUUUAAAAACAUAUUGUUGCGCAAUACAAUUUUGUUUUAUAAAAAAUACUUUCAAUAACAUGUGCAAGAUCUUAAUCAACAAAAUAAUGACUUCUUUAGAUAACAAAUCCAGUUGGAUUAUAUAAUGAAAAUCAAAAUAUGCAAAUUCAAUGAGUGGUAUUGGUUAAUUUCAUUGGUAUUUGGUGUUAUUUGAGGUAGACCCAAUCUUAUUAAUGCAAGAUAGUCUUUUUCUUUCAGCUAUGUGUCGAAAAUGUUUUUUUUGUGUCGAGAACUGUACAAAAAAUAUGUCCCAGUUAUGAACUCAUUAAGACUCCUGCAUUACAGUUUGCAAUCAGAAAAUACAGGCAAUUUUAUCCUCAUUGUUAGAUUUGAACACCUUUGUAACUUGCCACAGCUUUUCCCAUCACGCCAGCUUUGUUUGUGUUCAUACUAUUUAUUACUUGUUAAAUUUUUUUUAACCUAUUUUGAACACUUGCAGGGCUCUUCUGAACCAGUUUUGUAUUAAUCUAGAAAUAAACGAAUACCAGAGACUGAGCAAAAAAAAUCUAAUGCUCUUAAUAUAUUAAAGGCAAAAAUGGGCUCAGCUUGAUAAAAAGACAAACUUCAUUUGAAUGAGCUGAUUGAAAAAAUACAUGAGUUUUCUAUGGAUUUUUCUAUUUUAUAUGAGCUGCCAAACUUCUCACAUUUUCCCAUCAUACAUUUUUUUUACACAAACUUAAUAUGCUAUCAAGAAUCUCAAUUGUUUUGCUUCAAACAGAAUGUAACUGCUAUUCCAUUAUUAUGUAACACAGGUAAUUUAAAUGGCCAACUUAGCAUUGUUUGUCAAUUCUGAAAUAACUUGCCAACAUUAACUGGCUUAACAAGCAUUUUUCUUUAAGGUGUAUGAUAAGAUCUGUCUUACUGUCUCUUGCUCAGCUCUAUACCUAGAAAGUUCUUAUAAACCGUUUCUUUUUCAUCAUCCAAAAGGUUGGGACCAUUAAUCUUUGCAAAAAAUACAAGCAGUAGCAUCAGCUAAAGAUGACUGUUCUUUUUAACCAAUGUGAAACCUGAAUUUUUUUUCAAGUUCAUAUUUAAAAAUUUUUUUUUUUCCACUUCAGGUAUCGUAACCAUUCCAGCAUCAAUGUAUCAACAAAUGACAGGAUUAGCCUUGCCUGAAGCAGCACAAGGAACAAUACAACAGGUACUUCUUGAUUUUGAGACUUGGGAUUUGAUAUGCAGGUCAUUCUAGUAGAUGCUGGUACAGAUGUGAUGAAUUGUAAUGGAGGGAUUUAAUUAAAUUAAAAUCUGUUCUCACUGUAACUCUCUAAAAGUAAAAGCGGAAGUGCUAUUUUUUAAAACACAUUGUUUUCAAAUUUAUUCAGAUCUAAACAGUAUUCCCUUGUCCUGUCCUGUAAAAAUAUUUUAAAAAUUAGUGGAAACUACAUUUUCGUCACAUGAUCUAAUAUAAUUUUUAAAAAGUUUGUUAGUUAUUAGGUUUUUAACAUAGUGUAAAAUUUCGAAAACAAAUAUGUUUAGAGAGUUACUUUGACAAUAUAGAUAUUAGAACAUAGAACCUGGACUAGAAAAGCAGUUUUAAUCUUAUUUUAAUUUUUAAUCAACUAAAAAUAAUUAAUGAAAUACAUUGUUUCAAUUAGGUAAAUUAGCAAUUAGAUUUAUAUGUAUAAGUGCCAUCCUAUGCUAAAUUAAUCCUUAGCUGUGUAGGUAAAAUUGCUUUAAAAUCUAUUUUAUGAUUGUGAAGUUUAUAAUACAAUCGUUUUAAUCUUGCAAACAUAUCUGUGAACUGUACUGGGAGAGAAUAAUUGAGAAUGUUAUAAACUUGUCCAUUUAUCUCGCAGGUCACAAUGACUAGUGUUGGAAACAUGAAGACAGAGAUACCAGAAGUAUUGCAAGGGGUUGAAAUCACAAGUGCUGAUCAUUUAACAGGCCAGCAGAUAUCAUGACACUUGCUCAUGUCUGAAUGAUAUACCAACUUGUCAUGUACAUACAAAACCACAGAACAAGGCUUCAGGGAUCUUCUAAAGUUGAAAUGGCACACUAGAGAAAAAUGGAUAAUUUAUUCAAAAAUGACUUCUUGGGUGAACUAAAAUCUAGAAGAGAUGAAGCACUUCCCUUUGAACCACAAGUGACAAUGGUCAGCCUUUUUAAGGCUUUUUUUUUUAAUAUGAGAAACUGAACAUUUGUGUCUAUAAGAUGUACAGAAGUGGCCACGGGAUGAAUAGUUUUCUUAACAAGCCUUGUCUUGAAUUGUGGCUGGGACUUGUGAUAUUUGACCUCUGAUUUAUUUUAUAUUUUACAUUGUAAUUGCAUUGUUUAUGUCACUUAUUUUUUAUUGUGGUCUGCUUACAUGCACGAAACACAACAUUGAAGGUAAAUGUUUUCUUCCAACCUCUGUACAAAUACCAGGCAAAAUUUAUUUCUUGCUAAAACACAAACCUUGAUUUGAAAAUAUUUUUUUGGUAAAAUUGUGUAGUUAAAAUAAAAGAUGCUUUAAAAAAAAAUAAACACAAAUGUUUCUAAAUUUACUUUUAUUUAUUACUGCUUUUCCUCAAUAAUUCUAAUCAUGUUAGACCAUAGAAUC